GAAGCUCUCACCCGUAUAUAACGAAGAGCCGCAGUCCAGAUCGUUGACGUUUCUUCUGCUCUUCGUUCAGAACCGCCGCUCUCUUCAGGAUUAACGUUCGCGUCACUGCCCCACCAUCAGUAUACCACCCCGCCUUCUCGCAGAGCAGAUUUUUGAGGAAACCAACAUUUGUCAAAACAUACGCCACAAUGCCUUCAGCACCGACUAUCAAGCUCAACAAUGGCAAGGAGAUGCCCUUGGUGGGUUUCGGCCUUUGGAAGGUGAACAACGACACGUGCGCUCAGACAGUGUAUGACGCCAUCAAGACCGGCUACAGACUGUUUGAUGGUGCCUGCGAUUAUGGCAACGAGAAGGAGGCCGGCGAGGGUGUCGCGCGCGCCAUCAAGGACGGUCUCUGCAAGCGCGAGGACCUUUUCCUCGUGUCCAAGCUCUGGAACUCUUUCCACGACAAGGAACGCGUGAAGCCGAUCUGCAAGAAGCAGCUCGAAGACUGGGGUCUUGAGUACUUCGACCUUUACAUCAUUCACUUCCCAAUCGCACUCAAGUACGUUGACCCGUCCGUGCGCUACCCGCCUGGCUUCACGUACGAGAACGACAAGGUCGAGCUCGGCAAGGCUACGCUUGAGGAGACUUACCACGCCAUGGAGGAGCUCUACGAGGAGGGCCUUGCCAAGUCUAUCGGCAUCAGCAACUACAACGGUGGUCUUCUUCUGGAUCUCGAGCGAUACGCCAAGCACAUGCCGCAGACGCUUCAGAUCGAGCACCACCCAUACCUCGUGCAGCAAGAUCUCCUCGAUUUCUGCAAGAGCCGCGGCAUCGCUGUUACCGCCUACUCCUCGUUCGGCCCGCAGUCUUUCGUCGAGCUUGACAUGCAGUCUGCGAAGGACGCGCCUCUUCUCUUUGACCACGAGGUUAUCAACGCGAUCGCCAAGAAGCACAACAAGUCCCCUGCGCAGGUCCUGUUGCGGUGGGCCACACAGCGUGGUAUCGCCGUCAUCCCAAAGAGCAACAACCCGUCCCGUCUUGCGGCGAACUUGGACGUAUGCAGCUUCGAUCUAGCCGACGACGAGAUCAAGCAGAUCAGCGGCCUCGACAAGAAGCUGCGCUUCAACAACCCUACCAACUACGGCUUCCCGAUCCCUAUCUUCGCAUAGACGGUACAAGAAAGAGCACCUAGAUGAGUACGCGCCCUCGAAACCCGACGAAAGUACUCGCCCUAUGAUUAGCUUGGGACGUCCAGUAUAUACACUGUACAGAGUCCAAGCUUAAACGUGUCUCCACCAUGUACGU